CUCGAGUUGACGAAUUAUGGCAGUUUUGCUUUACGGCCGUACCACGUAACUCCUGUAUAAAAAUCGCAGCAUUGUCAUUUGUUUACAAAUUUACAUCCCGAUAAAGUGCAUUAGGUAUAAUUAAAACGAGAUGGGAGUAGCGGAUGAAGCAGACAGGACUCUCUUUGUUGGAAAUUUGGAUCCAAAAGUGACGGAAGAACUUUUAUUCGAGCUAUUUUUACAGGUGCAGUAGCUUUGAACUAGCUAGCUACGCUACGAUAGCUAACGUUAGCUAGCUAAAUAAAUUGCGAUACUUUCUCAGUAUUUGACAAUUAUGGUGUGGAAACUUCUGACCCGUGUAAUUAUCUAGCUAUACAGAUCAAUAUAGUUCAUUCAGCCUUAGAUAACUACCUACUCGUUUGCAGCAACUACGUUACCUAGCUAAUGUUAUAUUAGCGAACACAUAUCUAGCUCUGGUCCAUUGUAUGACGACUACAAGUUGCCUCUGAUCUGUGUCGCCUUUAAUAGACCCGCCCGCCCGCAUGAUUUCGUCACAGAUAGAACAAUGAGAACGUUAGAACAUCUUUGGUUUCGUUUUUCCAAAACACGAAAUAAACCACUUCAGAGCAGGUCCUCGCGCAUGCGUCGGAUGCACAUGCAGUGUAGAUCCGAUGCAUGCGCGUGGACCAGAGCUAGCACACCUCCAAGUCCGCGAGCAAACUGGAUAACUUUCAUUUUACAGUUGUGUUCUCCAUCGUCUGUUUUGUGUUUUCUCUUUGCAGGCAGGACCUCUGUUCAAAGUGAAAAUCCCAAAAGACAAUGAUGGAAAACAGAAAGCGUUUGGAUUUGUCUGUUUCAAGCAUGAGGUGUCCGUACCCUAUGGCAUGAACCUGCUCAAUGGGGCAACUCUAUUCGGAAGAACUCUCAAAGUACAGUUCAGAGCAGGUAAACUAAUGUAAACCCCUUUCUAGUUAUAUGAAUUGACUUGCUAAUGGUUCACUUGGGUCUGCCUGCAACUGAACUCAUUCUUUGAUACAUAUUUACAGGAAGCAGUCACAUUAACAGCCCAGGGAACUCCCAGAAUCAAAGCCCUGUGAAUACUCCCAAUCCACAUGGGGCUGGGGGCAGGUAUGUUGUAACAUAAUGCAAAAUCCUCCAAAACAAUGUUAGUAUGCAUAUGCAGGGGAUGUUUUUGUGCAUCAAUAGCCUCUAUUUGUUUGAUAUGGAAUGCCAUGUUUCUUGUGCAGGUAUGACAAGAGCCCAGACCAGGGGUCCAUCCAGAGGUCCUUCUCCUCUCCUGAUAAUCUGCAGAGACAGGCCAUGGUGAGUUUACCUUCAUUUUACAUUUACAUUUUAGUCAUUUAGCAGACGCUCUUAUCCAGAGCGACUACAGUUAGUGAGUGCAUACAUUUUUCAUACUGGCCCCCUGUGGGAAUCAAACCCACAACCCUGGCGUUGCAGGCGCCAUGCUCUACCAACUGAGCUACUCUUGUCCAUUACUCUUGUCAAGCCAUUAAAUUCAACACUAUCCUCAUCUCCAGUAGACUGACACUUAUGUCACAAUGUUGCGACGUGAACCUGCAAGUAACCAUUUCAAUGUACCGUGUACCAUGUGUAUCCUGUGCAUAUGACACACUUUACUACAUAGCUAUGUGGCCUGUAUCAUGAUCAUUUAACCAGUCUACAUGGAUCAGUAAAAGUGAUGCUUUUUGGUCCCUUUAAACAGAUGAACAACAUGUGGCAGCUCCAGGGGGUGAAUGGAGGCUUCCCAGCCGGCGGUAUCGGACUUCUGGGGCAGCCACCACCACAGCAUCCACAGAGUGGUGGUGGGUCCUGGCAACAGGACAGCUCCUCACAGCGAGGCAACAGGCAGGGGUACCAGCAGGACAACAGCAGCCACUAUGGCAGGGACCAGCGCUACCCAGGAGGCUCUGAUGACACCGGCUCCAACCGCCAACGUCGCAGCCAGCGAGAUGACCAGCGAGGUGAACACUAUCACCAUGACGACAGGAGCGGGAGCAGCGGAGGCGGCCGUAGCAGAGAUGACCGGUGGAGGGACGGCUCCAGAGAUGGCCGGUGGAGACGAUACUGAUGCACUAUGGGAAUUUUUAAGGACUGUUUUGUGAAUAUUUUUCACUUUUUAAAGGACAUAUAUUUUAUAAUUAUUUUACAGGAUUUGUCACAUACUCAUUGUAAAUCCUGAUCAAAACAGAAUUAAUAAUUAAUUUUAUGAGAGAAAAAAACACAAUUACAAGCUCAGGUGAUGCAUUGUUUUUUAAAACAAUCAAUUAGUCAUGUUUAGGAUGAUAUUGACCAUUUUUUAAAUACACUGGACUGUGUCCAAGUAAAAACAAAAAAUUGAUGACUUUUUUUACCCAUGAGGUUUUCCACAAUUGUUUUACUGUGAUGACUUUAAAAAUGUUUUAUUGGAGUUAAUAGAUGUUUAUACCAUCCCCUGGGGAAUUGUUAAAUCUAUCAUCACUGAAGGAGUUGUUUUCCAUUUAGUUUUAUGUUUGAAAAGAUUAGCUGUGUUUGUCACGAAUUGAUAUUACCAUGCAAAUUUCCUGUCUACAAGGUAUGGUGCUCAACAGUUUUUAGUGGUAAAUUGCUCAGGUAUUUAAAAAUAAGAAUUUGGAACUCUCUUGGCAUAUUUCACCUAUGUAGUCUAAUUCCACCAGCAACACUUACUCUAUAGGCUGAAAUUGACUGUUUUUCUUAUAUUGUGUUUGGUACAACUUAAAUUGCAAGCGUGACUUUGCAUUAGUCUCUCUUAAUUUGAGAAUACUUUACAAUUGUAAGAUGCCCAUCCGAUUCCAUGUACAUGUGAAACUAGAUCAUUUUUAUGAAAUAUAAGCAUAAAAAUCAGUUUAGUCAACACACGUUUUGUGGUCUAAUGUUUACAGGAAAAGCAUUACUAUAAAAAUAUCAAUGAACUGUUGAAACAAAUGGUACUUUUUACAGAAGUGUGACUGAGAUCACAGACGUGAACUAUGCAGUUAUGCAUGCACACAUGCCUGGCUCGUCUGCUGUCUCUGAAAAUGGACCAUGCGUAACCAAUAUGCUUGUGCAGUGGGUUAGAAAGUAAUCUGCAGGUGGUGCCACACACACCCCUUUAUUGAAUCAAUUAGGAUGAUGAAGAUGACUAAGCCACCUGAUCUUCUGUAGCCUACUCUUGUCUAUUUAGCAUGCUCAUUAAAGUGAAGGCUUAUGUUCUGUCACCUAACCGUUCUACAUAGGCAAGUUACACAGAAAAGGUGAAUCAUAUAUGUACACUACCGUUCAAAAGUUUGGGGUCACUUAGAAAUGUCCUUGUUGUCGAAAGAAAAGCAAUUUU